GGAAACACAAGUUUUACGGAAGGGAGACCAACGGAGCUCUCAUUCUAAGUUAGACUGCCUUGACCGACAUUCAGUGAUUUUGCGUCAUCGAAAGGUGGAUUUCGUUGUUUAGUAGUUGUUAAGGAAAAUUACAAGUCGGGCGCACCAAAGACUCGCCUACCAGGUGCUUAAACGUGCCCUUGAACUGCUGGGAUGGAAGACGGCGGCAGUGGGUGGCCUGUGGGACCUGUGCCCCAGUGCGGCGUGGGCGGCAAGGGGAACGGCAGUGGCCGGGUCUUUGAGGUAGCGCUGCAGAACGGCUCCUCCAACCGCAGCUCCCAGUUCGCCGGCGUGGAGCUCCUCCAGUCCUACAAGCCCCUCAUCAUCCCCUGCUACGCCAUGGUGGUGCUGGUGGCCAUCUUCGGCAACUACCUGCUGCUCUACGUCAUCUGCCACACCCGCAAGAUGCACAACGUCACCAACUUCUUCAUCGGGAACCUGGCCUUCUCCGACAUGCUGAUGUGCGCCACCUGCGUGCCCUUCACCCUGGCCUACGCCUUCAACCCCCGCGGCUGGGUCUUCGGCCGCUUCAUGUGCUACCUGGUGUUCCUCAUCCAGCCGGUCACCGUGUACGUCUCCGUGUUCACGCUGACCGCCAUCGCCGUCGACAGGUACUACGCCACAGUGCACCCUCUGAAGAAGCGCAUCUCCGUGUCAGCCUGCACGUACGUGCUCUCCGGCAUCUGGCUGCUGUCCUGCGGGCUGGUGGCCCCCGCGGUGGCGCACACGUACCACGUGGAGUUUCAGGAGGAGGGCUUCACCAUCUGCGAGGAGUUCUGGAUGGGCCAGGAGAAGGAGCGCCUGGCCUACGCCUACAGCACCCUGUUCAUAACCUACGUCAUGCCCCUCUCCGCCCUCUGCAUCUCCUACCUCUGCAUCUCCGUCAAGCUGCGCAACUGCGUGGCGCCGGGCCACUGCACCCAGAGCCAGGCGGAGGCCCAGCGGGCCCGCAAGCGCAAGACCUUCCGGCUGGUGACGCUGGUGGUGGCCGCCUUCGGGAUCUGCUGGCUGCCCAUCCACGUGUUCAACGUGCUGCGCGACAUCGACAUCGACCUGAUCAACAAGCACUACUUCCUGCUCAUCCAGCUGCUCUGCCACCUGUGCGCCAUGAGCUCGUCCUGCUGCAACCCCUUCCUGUACGCCUGGCUCCACGACCGCUUCCGCGCCGAGCUGCGCAAGAUGUUCACCUGCCACCGCCGCAUCGGCAUUCACACCAACAACUGCGCCACCGCCAGCGUGGUGCUGUGACCCCUCCGACCUCCCCCCCACCCCACCCCCCAGCAAAACUGGAUGGGCUGAGAGGAUGUGGAAUAGACACAGGACAAUAGGACGUGUUAAGGAAGAUUGCAGGCCUGUUGGCCGCUUGUCUGUUCUGAGCAACGCUACUCACAGUCAUAACAACACUACAUCCUAAAGAUUGGGCAGGCCCUGGAUCAGGGAAAGGAGACCCAAGGUGACAGAGGUGCAAAGCUGUACUGCGUUUCUGACAGGACAAUGUGCUGCAACAGAUACUGUGGUUGGAAUGCUCAUUAUUAUAAUACCGUCACUGCGAACACUGAAGCUAUUGAGACCACAGUGUUUUCGGACAGCCUAACAAACUGUUAACAGAGAAACAUCUCGAAAGGGGAGAUAGAGGAGAGCGAGCCAUUACUGCACAGUGAUACAUUAACAUUGCAUACCUGUCCAAUCCAGCGAGUGCUGCUGAUG